AAUAAAUUUAAAUUAUUCCAGCUAAUUGAUCAAUAAUUUAUUUUAGAUAUUACAUGUAUACAGCCUUGGCAUUCAUUCCUCUUACAUGUUUAUUCUUUUCAUUUGUGCUCUUCUUCAUUCCUUUUGGCGUUUUCUUAUUCCUGUACCUCCAAGCCAUCUCCUUGCACAUUUACAGACGAAAACUCAAAUUAAAUGAACCAUUCUCCAAAAAAAUAUGGAACGCGGCUAGGAAAAUCAUAGCAAAUCUUUGGCUCUUGCACGCUUCCAUAUGGCAUGGUUACGAAAUUUGCGGUCUCGAAAAUAUACCCAAAAAUAAACCCGCCAUAUUAAUACUAUACCACGGGACGGUUCCGGUCGAUUUUUACUAUUUCGUUACGCUCAUGUCGGUAGAUCCUGAUAGGAGGAUAUCCGUUAUAGGCGAUAAAUUCUUAUUCAAAAUACCCGGCCUGGCCAUUCUAAUGCGUCUGUUUUACGUUCACCCCGGUACGUUCGAAUCCUGUUGCCAAGAUUUGAGUGACAACAAACUGCUUAUAAUUUCACCGGGUGGAGCUAGGGAGGCCGUUUUUAGUGACGAUUACUAUAGCCUGGUUUGGAACCACAGGUCCGGUUUCGCUAAAAUCGCGCUCAAACAAAACGUUCCCAUCAUACCCGCCUUCACUCAGAAUAUUCGGGAAGGAUACCGAGUUGCUACCUUUGGAUUAAGUAUAUUUCGAAAGUUUUACGAAAAGUACAGGUUACCUCUGAUCCCCAUAUACGGGGGCUUUCCAGUCAAAAUGAAAACUUUUAUAGGGGAACCAUUGUACCCAAAUCAAGUAUUUCCCUCGUUCGCCGAUGGAAAUGGAGACGCCAUUAAAACUAAGUUCAAUGAUUCGGAUUAUAUCGAAAAAUUUGUUAACGCCUCGAAAACAUCCCUAGAAAAUUUGAUAAAAGCCCAUCAAACCUUACCUGGUAACAUAUGGAAAGGUUUGGCUCAAAGAUUGACGGAUAAACCAUUCACUCUUGUAACUACUGAUAAAGUGUUUGACAAAUCCCAUCUAACCAAAAAAAUUUCUUGAAAAAGGGAACUUAUCAAUAAUGAAUUAUACUUCUAAAUUUUAAUUCGAAAAUGUGACUUAAGUAUUUUGAAUUUUUUUGUAUAUUAAUGUAAUGAUAUCAUUAUUUCUUUUUUAGUUGGUUAGAAUUUACUAGCUUUAAAUCAAAAAAAUAUGUUUUCCUUUAAGUGUAAUAUGGGGAUAAAAUUAAUAUUUGUAAAAUGACAUUCUUAUUUUUAUUAAGAAUUAUUUCUAGCUUUAGUCAAAAAAAAUUUUUGAUUUUAAUUAUAUUAUUUAACGUGUAUUUU